AUGAUCGCCUUUACCAUCGCCGUUGCUCUGGUUACCACUGCUCUAGGCGCUCCUCUCCCCGCGGCGGCGGCUGCGGAGAAUAUUCCUCAGGCCUCCGACGCCGUAAUCCAGUCGUCGCAGCGUGAGUCUCCUUGCGGCCUCAAUCCCCAACUCUUGAAGAACCGCCACACAGGCUGGUGCCACGUUCUCCCCACGCUUGCGCUCAACCCCACCCUCCCACUUGUCCCCGUUACAGUCACGGUGCUUCGCCAGUUAGCGAAGCAGUGGGGCAGCUGGUUCGACGGCUAUAAGACAUGGACCGAGCCCGGCGCGCCCAAGAAAUGCUCCGCCUACGUGGGCGUCGGCUGCGACUCGAGCGGUCGAGUCGUGAGCUUAACGCUGCCAGUGUCCGCAGCAAAGGGGCCUAUCACCGGCAUCUCAAAGCUCACUGCUCUCACGAAAAUAUCGCUGCCCUACAACAUCAUCACGGGAUCCAUUGCUGACGUCACCAAACUGCCCAAUCUGCGUUUUCUGGACCUGAGCCGCAACAUAAAGAUCGGCAAGCUUCCAGCAUCACUCACAGCCAUGACAGCACUCAAACACCUCGACCUGAGCGGGUGUCGCAUCGGAGGGGUCAUCCCCGCCUUCCUUGGGAGAAUUAAGUCCCUCACCUUCCUUGGCCUAAGCAACAACUUCUACUCAGGGGAAGUGCCGCCAUCCUUUGGAGGCCUUUCCAACCUCGCCUACCUGCCACUCUCACACCCCUCUCUCACAGAGCGUCUCUCACAGAGCGUCUCUUACAGAGCGCCUCUCACAGAGCGCCUCUCACAGAGCGCCUCUCACAGAGCGCCUCUCACAGAGCGCCUCUCACAGAGCGCCUCUCACAGAGCGCCUCUCACACAGCGCCUCUCACAGAGCGCCUCUCACAGAGCGCCUCUCACAGAGCGCCUCUCACAGAGCGCCUCUCACAGAGCGCCUCUCACAGAGCGCCUCUCACAGAGCGCCUCUCACAGAGCGCCUCUCACAGAGCGCCUCUCACAGAGCGCCUCUCACAGAGCGCCUCUCACAGAGCGCCUCUCACAGAGCGCCUCUCACAGAGCGCCUCUCACAGAGCGCCUCUCACAGAGCGCCUCUCACAGAGCGCCUCUCACAGAGCGCCUCUCACAGAGCGCCUCUCACAGAGCGCCUCUCACAGAGCGCCUCUCACAGAGCGCCUCUCACAGAGCGCCUCUCACAGAGCGCCUCUCACAGAGCGCCUCUCACAGAGCGCCUCUCACAGAGCGCCUCUCACAGAGCGCCUCUCACAGAGCGCCUCUCACAGAGCGCCUCUCACAGAGCGCCUCUCACAGAGCGCCUCUCACAGAGCGCCUCUCACAGAGCGCCUCUCACAGAGCGCCUCUCACAGAGCGCCUCUCACAGAGCGCCUCUCACAGAGCGCCUCUCACAGAGCGCCUCUCACAGAGCGCCUCUCACAGAGCGCCUCUCACAGAGCGCCUCUCACAGAGCGCCUCUCACAGAGCGCCUCUCACAGAGCGCCUCUCACAGAGCGCCUCUCACAGAGCGCCUCUCACAGAGCGCCUCUCACAGAGCGCCUCUCACAGAGCGCCUCUCACAGAGCGCCUCUCACAGAGCGCCUCUCACAGAGCGCCUCUCACAGAGCGCCUCUCACAGAGCGCCUCUCACAGAGCGCCUCUCACAGAGCGCCUCUCACAGAGCGCCUCUCACAGAGCGCCUCUCACAGAGCGCCUCUCACAGAGCGCCUCUCACAGAGCGCCUCUCACAGAGCGCCUCUCACAGAGCGCCUCUCACAGAGCGCCUCUCACAGAGCGCCUCUCACAGAGCGCCUCUCACAGAGCGCCUCUCACAGAGCGCCUCUCACAGAGCGCCUCUCACAGAGCGCCUCUCACAGAGCGCCUCUCACAGAGCGCCUCUCACAGAGCGCCUCUCACAGAGCGCCUCUCACAGAGCGCCUCUCACAGAGCGCCUCUCACAGAGCGCCUCUCACAGAGCGCCUCUCACAGAGCGCCUCUCACAGAGCGCCUCUCACAGAGCGCCUCUCACAGAGCGCCUCUCACAGAGCGCCUCUCACAGAGCGCCUCUCACAGAGCGCCUCUCACAGAGCGCCUCUCACAGAGCGCCUCUCACAGAGCGCCUCUCACAGAGCGCCUCUCACAGAGCGCCUCUCACAGAGCGCCUCUCACAGAGCGCCUCUCACAGAGCGCCUCUCACAGAGCGCCUCUCACAGAGCGCCUCUCACAGAGCGCCUCUCACAGAGCGCCUCUCACAGAGCGCCUCUCACAGAGCGCCUCUCACAGAGCGCCUCUCACAGAGCGCCUCUCACAGAGCGCCUCUCACAGAGCGCCUCUCACAGAGCGCCUCUCACAGAGCGCCUCUCACAGAGCGCCUCUCACAGAGCGCCUCUCACAGAGCGCCUCUCACAGAGCGCCUCUCACAGAGCGCCUCUCACAGAGCGCCUCUCACAGAGCGCCUCUCACAGAGCGCUCUCACAGAGCGCCUCUCACAGAGCGCCUCUCACAGAGCGCCUCUCACAGAGCGCCUCUCACAGAGCGCCUCUCACAGAGCGCCUCUCACAGAGCGCCUCUCACAGAGCGCCUCUCACAGAGCGCCUCUCACAGAGCGCCUCUCACAGAGCGCCUCUCACAGAGCGCCUCUCACAGAGCGCCUCUCACAGAGCGCCUCUCACAGAGCGCCUCUCACAGAGCGCCUCUCACAGAGCGCCUCUCACAGAGCGCCUCUCACAGAGCGCCUCUCACAGAGCGCCUCUCACAGAGCGCCUCUCACAGAGCGCCUCUCUCAGAGCGCCUCUCACAGAGCGCCUCUCACAAGCUCAUCGCCCGCUUGGGAUCCUCUCUCUCUCCAGUCGAAUAA